AAUGUGAAUUCUUGGACCCCCCUCCGGCCCCACUGGGUCAGUCAGUCCGGGUGAUUUGGGGACUUGCUGAGGUUUAAAGGACUCCAGUUGCUGAGAUGCAGCGCUGACUGAAUUACACAGGAUUUUAGGGCGAGCUGGUCAAAAAUAAUUGUCUUGAUUAGAUCUAGCGACGCCCCAGAAACAUAUCCCACUUACAUGUAUGUUCUCUCACUUAUCAUUUAUGGGUAUGUUGGGUGUUUUUACUCCACUGGGGUUAAUAACUGGAUAUUAGACUUGCUAAUGAGCCGCAGCCACGCACUCCUGCUGUCAUUCAGGGGAUGCAGUCGAGGAAUAAUCGCCUGCAGCAGCCAAGGGCUCAGCAGUCACCCAUCUUCCACAUUCUGCUCUCAUGAAAUAAGCAAGGGGAGGGUCCAGAGGUGUCACUGACGCUGACGACAGCAUAUUUAUUUCCUACAGAGAAAAGAGCCACAGCAGAAAGACAGAAAGGAGGCUAACUUCUCUGAGGAGGAGCUACAUGGAAAAGGUGAUGCUGGCAGCUGCCUUUGCAGACGCCAACUCCAGCACCAUGAACGUGUCCUUCGCGCACCUCCACUUUGCUGGAGGGUACCUGCCCUCUGACUCCAAGGACUGGAGGACCGUAGUCCCAGCUCUCUUGGUGGCUGUCUGCCUGGUGGGCUCCGUAGGGAACCUGUGUGUGAUUGGCAUCCUCCUUCACAGCACUUGGAAAGGAAAGCCAUCCAUGAUCCACUCCCUGAUUCUGAAUCUCAGCCUCGCUGACCUCUCUCUCCUGCUGUUCUCUGCACCCGUCCGAGCUACGGCAUACUCCAAAGGUGUCUGGGACCUCGGCUGGUUCGUCUGCAAGUCCUCUGACUGGUUCAUCCACAUGUGCAUGGCAGCCAAGAGCCUGACAAUCGUUGCAGUGGCCAAAGUGUGCUUCCUGUAUGCAAGUGACCCAGCCAAGCAAGUCAGGGUCCACAACUGCACCAUCUGGUCAGUGCUGGUGGCCAUCUGGGCUGUGGCCAGCCUGCUACCCCUGCCAGAGUGGUUCUUCAGCACUACGAGGCAUCAUGCAGGUGUGGAAAUGUGCCUCAUGGAUGUACCUGCUGUGGCCGAAGAGUUCAUGUCACUGUUCGGUAAGCUUUACCCCCUCCUGGUAUUUUGCCUUCCAAUACUCCUUGCCAGUUUUUAUUUCUGGAGAGCUUAUGGCCGAUGUCAAAAGCGAGGAACUAAGACUCAGAAUCUUAGAAACCAGAUGCGCUCAAAGCAGCUCACCGUGAUGCUGCUGAGCAUCGCCCUCACCUCCGCUGUCUUGUGGCUCCCGGAAUGGAUAGCUUGGCUGUGGACAUGGCACCUGAAGGCUGCAGGCCCGGCGCCACCGCAAGGUUUUGUAGCCCUGUCGCAAGUCCUAAUGUUUUCCAUCUCAUCAGCAAACCCUCUCAUUUUUCUAGUGAUGUCAGAGGAGUUCAAAGCCUUGAAAGGCUUAUGGAAAUGGUUAGCCAAAAAACGUCCGAAUGCCUCAGAGUCUCAGAAAACGCCAGAUGGCAACUCAGAGGUCCUCCCUGCCAAUGUCCUACCCCCCGAGUCCCCUGCAUCCACACCAGAGAGAGAGAAAGAAGCGGGCUCUCCAUCCUCCGGCAAAGAGAAAACUGAGAAGGCAGAGGUUCCUGUCCUCCCUGACGUGGAACAGUUUUGGCAUGAGAGGGACACAGUCCCCUGCGUGCAAGACAACGACCCUGUUCCCUGGGAGCACGAGGGUCAAGAGGCAGGAGACGAUGAUAAAUAAAGUUCCAAAACAAAUUGCAACUAUUGUAUUAACUCAUACUGCUGCUUAUCAGUAUUUUGGACUUCAUCAUAUAACACAUGAUAGAAUAAUUACUGCAGGAAUUACAAAAAUGCUUCAGUCUGCAUUCUCAAAAUAUGCAAUUUGGUAAGUUGAACACCAUAUUAGUUAUAACCUGGCUAUCCAAAUAAUUAACCAAGUGCUGUGUGAAGAUGCUUCUCUCACAAGUGCACAGAAAGCCCAGCUAUUCUGGCCCUUGUUCACAAUAGCUGUCACCGGGCGCUCCUAAGGACCGGCCCUGCUCCCCCUGGGGUAGAGCUUAUCUGUCAAAGGCUUUCAGUUUCUUCCCGAACCUGCUAGCCCUGACCUCACCCAUCCAUCUUUAUGUCAUGUAACCAAAGCUCAAAGUCUACUUCCACUUGAGAUUUUUCUUUAACACAUUAAUGAAUAAAUUUUAAUGAAUUAUUUUCAUUUGCUUUAAAAGAAUGUUAAUUUACUUGGUGAAAACACACACAGAAUUUCCAUAACUUCAGGUUGCAGAACAGAGCCCACCACUUCCUUCUGGGUUAAUUUCCAACCAUGGCUUAGGCUGGCUAAAUUCAAUCCAAACUUUGCUUGUAUGCUAAACAUGCUUACAGAUCUUGUUAAAGCCACCUGUGAAGAUUUUAGUAAUUUA